GGACGGAGUCUGGGCGAUGUGGGGAAGGGGUCGAGCAGGCAGGGUCUGUGGAAGGCCUGCUGGGCCUGAGGGUGUAAGCCGGAGAUGGAAGGGCCAUUCCGGCGACCUUCCUAAUCCAUGAGCUCCGAUGAGGGACGGGAAUUACGGGCUUCCAAAAUCCCUCCAGCCCAUUCGUGUUGCAAACUUUUCGGUGGGCUAGCAGAAGAAGUGGACGACAAGGUUCUUCAUGCUGCCUUUAUCCCUUUUGGAGAUAUCACAGAUAUUCAGAUCCCCCUGGAUUAUGAAACAGAAAAACACAGAGGAUUUGCUUUUGUUGAAUUUGAGUUGGCAGAGGAUGCUGCGGCAGCUAUCGACAACAUGAAUGAAUCUGAGCUCUUUGGGCGGACAAUUCGUGUCAAUUUGGCCAAACCAAUGAGAAUUAAAGAGGGCUCUUCCAGGCCAGUUUGGUCAGAUGAUGACUGGUUGAAGAAGUUUUCUGGGAAGACUCUUGAAGAGAAUAAAGAAGAAGAAGGACCCGAGCCUCCCAAAGCAGAAACCCAAGAGGGAGAGCCCACUGCACAAAAAGCCCGGUCAAAUCCUCAGGUGUACAUGGACAUCAAGAUUGGAAACAAGCCAGCGGGGCGUAUCCAAAUACUCCUGCGGUCUGAUGUUGUGCCCAUGACAGCAGAGAAUUUCCGUUGCCUAUGCACCCAUGAAAAGGGCUUUGGCUUCAAGGGAAGCAGCUUCCACCGCAUCAUUCCCCAGUUCAUGUGCCAGGGUGGUGAUUUCACAAAUCACAACGGCACAGGGGGCAAGUCCAUCUACGGAAAGAAGUUCGAUGAUGAAAACUUCAUCCUCAAACACACAGGACCAGGACUCCUUUCCAUGGCCAAUUCUGGGCCAAACACCAAUGGCUCCCAGUUCUUCCUGACCUGUGAUAAGACAGACUGGCUGGAUGGCAAGCAUGUGGUAUUUGGGGAGAUCACGGAAGGCCUGGAUGUCUUGCGGCAGAUUGAGGCUCAAGGCAGCAAGGAUGGGAAGCCAAAGCAGAAGGUGAUCAUCGCUGACUGUGGCGAGUACAUGUGACGCCUCGCGCUCUGCUCUCGCCUCUGUAAGAUGUGGAGCGGCCUGGCCUGGGGCCCUGGUGCUGAGUGGUUCCUGUGAAGCAAGCUGUGUGUGGCCCAAGCCUCUCCUCAGGGUCAAGUGACUUAGCAGCAGCUCGCCUGCAGUGCCCAGGUUUUCUUCAGACAUGGCAGGGCCUAAAAGCCAGCGUAGGCAGUGUGCUGCCACCACCUGUCUUGGGCUGUCUGUAGUUGGGUGGCUUCUUUGCUAAAAUAAACUGGUUUUUGCCUCCA